CAGGAAAAGCAAAAUUAAAGGUAGCAAAAUAUAUUUUCCUCAGUAUCAGUAUCACCAUUACUCAGCGUCAAAGUCAUGGUUCAUGGGAAGAAGUUGGCCAAGGAGACACUGCUGCCGUCUGUGCUGGAAGACGAUGACGCAGAAACACAAAGUGAGAAGCUGCAGCUGGGAGAGCAGAGAGUGAGCCGGACAGAGGUCGACAUGCAUAGGCCAAAGGACAAACGCACAAGUCCUGUCGGGAACAUGCUAGAUAGAGGUGAAAGAGAGAGUGAAGAGGAAGAAGAGGAGGAGGAGGAGGAGGAAGAUAAUGAAGAGGAGGAGCUGGGAGGAGAGGAGUGUGUGAUCUCUGAUGAGGACUAUGACACAGAUCUUGAGCUGGGAGAUAAGGAGGAGGCGUAUGACCCGACGGGGCAGACGUGCUACAUGGAGGCGUGUAAAGCAUUACAGGUUGUACCUGCCUCAUAUUUCCUGCGGCACAUGCAGAAUAGUGAGCUCUCCAUGAUGCAUUAUGGUCUGGGGCCUCAGGGCACCAAAGCACUGGCAGUUCCCCUGGUAACCAACACUUCAGUACUGAGGCUGAACCUGCGAGAUAAUUGGAUGGAGGGAAUGGGCGGAGCUGCUAUAGCCGAGAUGUUAAAGGAAAAUUGUUAUAUUACAGAGGUGGACCUAGCCGACAACAAUCUCGGGGAUUAUGGGGCCAGAGCCAUCGCUGAGAUGCUUAAGGAGAACAGCACCCUGGUGAGCCUUAAUCUGUCAGGAAACCAUUUCACAGACCGCUCAGGCGAACACCUUGGCCCAGCACUGAUCACCAACGCCAAGCUCCAGCACCUGGACCUCAGCCACAAUGCUCUGGGAGAGCGCGCAGGGAAAACCCUCGGAGACUCUCUGUCAGAGAACACAGGGCUGAGAUCACUAAGUCUGGCCUGGAACUGCAUUCGAGGGAGAGGAGCUGUGAUGUUAGCCAAUGGCCUCGGGGGAAACAUUUUCCUCCGAACGGUGGAUCUGUCAUUUAAUGGCUUUGGUAGAGAAGGAGCCAUUGCUCUGGGACAGGCUCUGAAAGAGAACGCUGUUUUGGAGGAGUUGAAUGUGAGCAACAACCGAAUACCCCCUGAAGGAGCUCUCCGCCUUGCCAUGGGCCUCAAAGUAAACAAGACAAUCAAAUCCCUGAACAUGGGUAGGAACCCCAUUCAGACUGCUGGGUGCUACGGGAUCCUCAAGUCUGUACAGGAAAACCCAGAUUCAGCCGUGGAGGCAUUAGACUUCUCGGACAUCACAGUGAACCAGGAUUUUGAAGAUCUGUAUACGGCAGUGAAAGAAAUAUUCCCUGCGCUUACAGUAAAUCACGGGGGCAGAAUUGGCACAUUCAGAAAAGCAAAAGCUUGAAAAGUGUUACUGUAAUUGCUGUACUUUUAUGCCAGAGAAGAUGGAAGGAGUCUUGUCAAAGCCCUGUGGACGUUUUCAUCCAUAGAUGGAGCGAAGGAUGGAUACAUGGAAGGAUAUCAUUUUAAAAAGAUGUCAAUUUUUAAAAAAAGAGCCGUGAGAGCAUGUUCCGCUGAAUGAAACGUAUUUAUAUCAAAUAAAACUUGUUAAAUACGCAAUCAAUUUAAAAUAAAGAUUAU